AUGACCAUGGUUACCCACUCAGCAGCUCCCCAGGAGGACUUGAAAACGGUUGUCGAGGCUCGGACCCGAGAGUGGCAUUUCCACAUCUACUUCCUUCUGCAGUCGCCCACCGAGACCGCCCGCGCGCUGGCUCUUCGCGAUGCCAUUCUGAGGCUACGACGCGAUGGCGCAUUCGUCGCUGUGCCCUUGUACAGAGUCAACGAGUAUCCUGUCGGCCCUCACCCGGCUGGGUCGUACGAGAGUGAGUUGCAACAAGUCAAAGAAUUCUGCCCAGUGAAGCCAUUACAUGAGACAUUUCUUCUACUCAAGCAAAGUCUGAUUCACUUUCAUCGUGUAGUUUGGGUCCCUGACUCCUCGUUCUCUGAUGUCUUUUUCUACCUGGCUUCCAACCGAGGUAAUCUGAGUAUCCUUGUGCAUCCCCUGACUUCACAACAACGCCGAGACCAUGAGUCCAGCAACGCAUGGAUGGGCACACCAUGGCCUAUUUAUCUGGAUGGUCUGCCACGCGACGGCGAUAUUCCGCUGCAGUACCCCGAACUGGGCCUCGGCUGGUCCACGUCGCCAGAGAAGGAGGUCUCACUGGAGGAGAGGCGCAGAAGGGGCGCAGAGGUUGAGGCUUUGUUAGCCAAUGACCCGGAGGCUGCUCCAGCGCCCAAGGAUUAA